AUGUCUUACAAUGGGACUGCCAAAACAGAAUGUUUGAAACCAAGCACUAUGUCUAAUGAGAGCUGUCACAUAAAAAACAUCUCUGUCACCUCCUCUGUAAUAACCAUGACGGUGGGGAUCGUCUCCAAUACCCUGGCUCUCUUCAUUCUUCUCAAUGCCUACCGGAGACUCCGCAUGAAGUCCAAAGCUUCUUUCUUGCUCUUUGCAAGUGGGCUGGUGUUGACUGACUUCCUGGGACAUCUUAUAAAUGGCUCUCUGGCUCUUUAUGUGUAUGCCUUGAACAAAGAGUGGGAAAGAUUCGACCCCAAGCAGAUUCUUUGUGGGUUUUUUGGUGUUUGUAUGUCUUUUUUUGGUCUGAGUCCCCUGCUGCUUGGAGGUAUCAUGGCUGUGGAGCGCUGCAUUGGAGUGACUCGGCCACUCUUUCACACCACAGCUCUGACCUCCUAUCACGCAAACCGGCUCCUGGCUCUUAGCUGGAUCCUGGCCCUGUUCGUGGCUCUGCUGCCAGUGUUAGUGUGCCGCCCAUACCAGGUACAGGGUUCCCGAAGCUGGUGUUUCUAUCGGUUAAUGGGGGUGCGUGACUGGUUGGAUACGCUCCUCCCCAUGAUCUUUUCUGUACUGGGAUUGCUGGCUCUGCUGGUCUCAUUCGUGUGUAACACUGUGACUGGAUUAACUCUACUGUGGAACAGAAUACAUCGUGAGCACAACUACCAUUGCUCUCGCAGAAGUUCUCUCCAUUCUGAAAUGAUUUGCCAGCUCCUUGCUAUAAUGAUGGUAUCGUGUGUUUGUUGGGGUCCUUUUCUGGUUACAAUCAUAAUCACAAGCUUGCAAGAGAAAGGUGAAGACGCAUACCUGUUGUUGACUGUACGACUGGCCACAUGGAACCAGAUUCUUGACCCGUGGGUGUACAUACUUCUGCGCAAGGCUGUUUUGAAGCGUCUUUGCCUGCUGGCAAAGAGAUUCCACAGUCCACGUACAAAACAUGGACCACAAAUUAGUUGGAGGUUUAGUGCUCUGGGGAGCUCUGUGGAGGCAAGCAGCUCUGUUAGCAGCAGACCAGACAUCAUUUGCUUGGACGGCUCGUACCUGCCAGACAAUCUUAAUUACAUGUAA